AUGUCAAGUAGAAAUUUUGCCAUAUAUUCUUGUGAAUCUUGUAAAGCAUUUUUUAGAAGAGAAAUAUUCAAAAAUAAGGUAUUGUUAUGUCCAUCAAAUGGAAAAUGUCUUAUAAAUGUCUUCACCCGAAGYUUAUGUCGAAAGUGUCGACUCGACAAAUGUCUGGUCGUAGGAAUGAAACCGGGAUUAGUAAUGACUAAAGAUGAACGACAAAUACGGCUUCAGAUUAUUAAAGAUAAUCGACUAAAGAGAUCACAYAUUAAGGAGAAAAAAGAUUCAUUGAUUAUAACGAGUAGUACUGAUAACAAUACAACWGCACUUAUGGAUCCAAUUAACUUAAGUAAUCCGUUAGAUAAUAUUGAAGCAAAAAMAWWAUUUAUGAAUUUUGCUUURAGAUUUGACUUGGGAUGGGAAAGGGAUACCAUUAUUAUAGAACUGUUAUCUGCUAUUGUCUUAUUUAAUCCAAAUCGUCUCAAUUUAAAACAUCGUCACAAUGUUAAGUAA